UGGGAUAUUUUUGUUUGAAACUUAAGGCUUUUUGGUUGAGAUAGUUUCUCAGAUUCACAGACACAAAGGAGUUCUGUUGAAUUCUAAUCUAUAGUACUUUCUCUGUUACAAAUCAAUGGAAGCCUAUGCUGUUCUCCCACUAGCUCUUCUUUCUAUUUUCCCUCCAAAACUCAAUAGAAACAAAGCUUUCCCUUCCUCUCCAUCCAAUUUCAAGCAAAGGAAUUCUAAUUCCACUCGUUUGCACUGCCAAAAGAUGUAUGUCCCCGGAUUUGGAGAAGCAUCACCAGAAGCCAAGGCAGCCAAAAAUCUCCACAAUUUCUUCAAUUAUAUUGCAGUUAGGAUUGUCACUGCCCAGCUUCAGAGCUAUAACCCUGAGGCAUAUAAAGAAUUAAUGGAGUUUCUGGGUAGACACUCUCUGAAUGAUGGAGAUAAAUUCAUCUCUGAAUUGAUGCGCGAAUCUUCAAGGCAUAAGAGUUUAGCUCUUCGCAUCUUAGAGGUCCGUCUAUAUUGUAAACAUGAUUUUGAGUGGGAUAAUUUGAAGCGAUUAGCCAUUAAGAUGGUCGAUGAAUCUAACACAAGAAUUAUGAGAGAUUAUGUCUUGGAAACUAGUCAUGUAGAAAGUGGGAAGUGAUCAAAAUCGGCAAUCUCGACAUUGCAGACUAAGCUGCUCAGUUCUGCAAUACAAUUACAUAAGCUGAUAAGCAGUGAAACAUAACUUCUGGUGUUCUACAUAUACAUUUCUAUUCUAUAUACCCAUGCAGUAAAUAAAUAUAAGCCGAAAAUUAUUCUUCUAAAACGAGGUUUAU